UUGGUCUUCCUCAAGUUGAAAAACUUGACGUUGAUUAGAAAAGAUUGGAAACAGCUGAAAAGAAUAGCGUGGCAAUCAGCAAAGGCAGAAAGAGCUGAAGGUGUGACACAAAAGUAGCAAAUUUCAGCAUUAGCGUAGAAAAUGGAGUUCGUUCCUGAAGAAGGCAAGCACCUUCACGAGGAUUGCUCCACUCUGAUUUUGCCUGCUCUGUCAAUUGGCAAUGUGGGGCAGCUGGUUGCAGAUCUUUUGAUUUCAUCAAUGGGAUCAGAGAGAGUUGGGUAUUUGGAUGAUCCUAACGUUUUGCCCUGUGUUGGCAAUGAUGCUUAUGGACCCUUUCCUCAAGGAGACCUUGCACUUCCUCUUGAAGCUUAUGAUUCCCUUUCUAAUGCUCUCACUAUCAUCCAACAGAGAUCGCCGGUGGUUAAGGGUAUGAUGAUUGAGUUUGCAAAAAAUAUGGCUGAUUUUCUUGCUGGUAGUGGAAAGAAGCAUAUUAUUGUUCUCUCCAGCUUAGAUUUUGGAAAAUGGCAAAAAGUUGACAUGUCAAGUGGCUUGCAGAUUCAUUACCUUUCUAGUGCCAACAGCAAUGGAACAGAUGAAAACUGUGAACAGCUUGGGUGGAAGAAACUUCAGGAGUAUGACCCUUCUCAAAAGCAUUGGAAACAUCUUAGUGAUUUAGCUGAAGGAAAUGUAACUCUGGAAGAUAUUACUUCUGUAGAAGAUGAGCUAGAAGAAGAAAAUUAUUAUGCUAGCUUGCCUUUUGCUGCACUUUUUUCUUUUCUCAAGGCUAAAGGUUUGAAGGUCACAUGCUUGUUAUGUUAUUGCUCAGAAGGGGACAACAUAUCAGAUGCUUUUCAAUUAGGCGAUGCAGUAUGUAAACUUCUCCAGCUGAAUCAUCCUAUUACUGGAAUUGAAAGUGGCAAAUGGAGAGUUCCACUUUCUUGGAUGACUGUGUAUGGACCACCCCUAGAUGUGUCCAUCUUCUAAGGUUGGAUUGAUGUACUAAUUUGUAAAAUUAAAUGGUGGCUGAAGAUAAAAAUUAUGGUUUUAGAAUUUUCUCUCUUUUUUGGAAUCAAACACGAUAUGUGUUAUGAUGUGAUGUGCGUUUAGAAGUGAAGGAUCAAGGAUCCUUUGAUUCGCAAAAUUGUAGGAAACAGCACAGGAUAGAACAAAUGCUUCAAA